CUCUCUCUCUCUCUCUCAUCUGUUAUGGCUACUCUUAGGGAUAUUGGGGUCUCAGCACUGAUCAACAUACUGGGUGCUUUUGCAUUCCUGCUAGCGUUUGCACUUCUAAGAAUUCAACCCAUCAAUGACAGGAUUUACUUCCCAAAGUGGUACAUCAAUAGGGCUAGAACUAGUCCUAAACACACUGGGAACUUUGUGGGGAAGUUUGUCAAUCUUAAUAUCAAGACUUACCUUACUUUCCUCAACUGGAUGCCUCAAGCUUUGAAGAUGACUGAGCCAGAGAUUAUCAACCAUGCUGGCCUUGAUUCUGCCGUUUUCUUGAGGAUUUACACUCUUGGCUUAAAAAUUUUUGGGCCAAUCGCUAUCGUGGCACUCUUGGUGCUUAUCCCAGUUAAUGUAUCAGAUGGUACAUUGCUUUUUCUGAGAAGAGAUUUGGUUUUCAGCGACAUCGAUAAGCUUUCAAUAUCAAAUGUUCGNAUAUAA